UCGUCUGAUACCUACUAAGUCUGUGUCGGUAAACUAGAUGAAACGUUUGUAAUUUGUGUACAAAUAAUAAAUAAGUAUGUUUUGAAUUCAUAAUAUGUAAUUUUUAACUUAUAAAUAUUUUGAUAGUGACUAGAUUAAUAGAUAUUGUUUUCUAUUAAUCCUUUUAUUGUUUAUUAAGAAUGGCUGGUAAAGGUAAAAAAGUAGGAGCUCCAAAGAAAAAUACCAAUGGAUAUAAGAUGCCAGCCCCUAUCCCUAUCGGAGAAGUUAUCCACGAUACAAUAGCAAAGAAAAAGUGGCGAAUAGGUCCUUCUAUCGGCGUUGGCGGUUUCGGUGAAAUAUAUUCGGCUUGCAACCAUGAAGGCUCACCAAAGAAAGAGAGUAACUUUCCUUUUGUAGUAAAAAUAGAACCCCAUGAAAAUGGCCCAUUAUUUGUUGAGAAGCAUUUUUAUAUAAGAAAUGCAAAUAAGGAGGAUAUUGCUAAAUUUAUUAAAACUAAGAAACUUAGUUCUUUUGGAAUGCCUUCUUACUUUGGGAAUGGAUCUCAUGAAUACAAAGGAGAAAAAUAUAGAUAUUUGGUAUUGGAAAGAUAUGGCAAAGAUAUUUGGAGUCUGUUCAAGGAAAAUGGUAGAUUGUUUCCACCUGCAACUGUAUUUCAACUCGGUUUGCAAAUGCUAGAUGUUCUUGAGUACAUACAUGGCCGAGGCUACGUACAUGCAGAUAUUAAAGGUGCCAACAUCCUUAUGGGUCUCCGCAAAGGUACAGAGAAUCAGGCUUAUCUUGUGGACUUUGGUCUGGCAACACGUGUCAGCGACAAGGAAUUCAAGCCUGACCCUAAAUCGGCACACAAUGGAACUAUUGAAUACACUAGUAGAGAUGCUCACUUAGGAGUCCCCACAAUGAGAGGUGAUCUAGAGAUAUUGGGAUACAACAUGCUGCAAUGGCUCAUUGGAGAAUUGCCAUGGGAGAAGAAUUUGAAACAGCCGAAGACAGUACAAGACAUGAAGGAAUCUUUCAUGAAAAAUGUCAGAAGUAACAUCACAAAGCAAUACAGUAAUGUACCUGAUGCUCUGAUAAAAUUUUUGGAGUACAUUAAUACAUUGAAACCCAAAGAUGUUCCUGACUACACUAAAUGUCGCAUAUUGUUCGAUAACUUCCUCAAAAGUGAAGGUAAAUCUAGAACUAGUAAAUUAGAUUUCUCACCAGGAAAGCGAGGAAAAGCAGCGAAACAAAACCAUGAUACUGACAACAAAGACAAUUGUGAAGACGAUUCGAAGGAAACCAAGAAAAGAAAAGAAAAUGGCGAAACUACAAAAUUGGUAAAAAGAGGCAGAAAAGCUAAAACAAAUGAGACACCUCUGGAAAUAGAAAAUUGUGAGAAUGAAGAGCCUGAUGUGAGUGUGGAAAGUGCUAAAAUUGUUAAAAGUAAAAAUAAGAGGAAAUCAUCUGAACCUUUGGUAGUUGUAAAAGUAAAGAAAACCAAAUUAACACCAAAAGCUACACCACCAGCUAAAAAAAAUCAUGCAAACAUUGCAACACAAACAUCAGUUGAAAGACCAAAACGUAGUCCCAGACAGGUUUCAUUUGACAGUCCUAUAUGUGAAAUCAUUGGUGAUAAAAAGCCUUUAAAAUUAUCAAAAGAGAACGAAUCUGUUAACUCAAGUGGAGAUAUAUUCGAUGAUUCAUUUACGAUUGAGGGGGAAAAAGUUAAACCAAAGAAAAGGUUGCUUUCAGAUGAAAAAGUUACAGUAAAGAGAAUUGUCAAAAAGAAAGUGACAACUACAAAACCAAAAGGUAAAUCUUGGAAGAACUGUGCUACUAUUGUGAAUGGGAGAUCACCACCUAAAUGACGAAAUUAACUGUGAGAUCAUAUCUAAAUUCUGUUUGUAAGUUAGAGACUGCAAAAUAAAAAUAAAUCAUUAGAUCAUCAAUAAAUUGGUACAUACUCCAGUUACAGUAUAAAAUAUUAUUGCCUCAAUACUGGUGUAGACAGUAAAUGAAAAUAAAGAUAUUUUUUUCUGUAUAAACAUGCUUUUACCGAUAAUCACGCUACAAUGUUUAUUUUAUUUAUAAUAUUAUUUAAAUUAAUUAUGAAAAAACACUUAUUUGAUACUCGUUCGCACACGAAUAUAAACAGCGCGUGACGUCACAGCCUUCUAAAGAUGUCAUAAAUUUGACUUUGAUAUACACAGAACCUGAACCCCUGCAGUGGGGACGUAAAAGG